AUGUUUGCAGGCCAUACUCCUCCAGGCUCGAUCCAUAUCACUGUUCCGACCACAGUCAUUUCCUCCAGCUCAACCAUCAUAGCCCCGAGCACACCCAAAGACCUGACCGAGGUACUCAAAAAGUUUCCCGUAGAUGAAAGAUCUCCCAGAAUGCAGCCAACCAAGAUUGAAACUAUCGAGGAUAUUUCCGCGGUCAAGGUCUAUCUGGAAACGUUCUACAAUGAACGCUACAUCCAACCGAGAUCCGAGCGUUGUGUUCGGAGACAGCGGCUACUCGACCAUCUUGCCCAAAGCUCAUUGUCAUCCUCCGAAAAAGAUGCGCUACUUCGAUCAUGGGAGCAGUCCGAGUCAGUUCAUCUUCGGCAAUUGCGUACUAUCAAAGCAACCUCAGCCACAAGGCACGCCAGUAGAGGUGUAUUUCAUGCAGGCUUCCAGGAGGUUCGCAUCCUGGGCAGAGGCACUUUUGGACUCGUCAAACUUGUCACUGAUGCCGAUCAAUUUGUGACCGAAGACCCAUCACCAUGUAUGUUAGACGGUACACCGUGCCCUACGUUGGUACCUCGCGGAUCGCAGAACCCUCAUCUCAUGAAGGAUCUUUACGCCAUGAAAGUCAUCCGAAAGGCAGAGAUGAUCCGAACCAGUCAAGAGGGCCAUCUUCGUGGUGAACGAGACUUUCUUGUCAAGGCCGAGGGUUCGCAAUGGGUGGUUCCCUUGAUCGCAAGCUUUCAAGACAACACUAAUUUGUAUCUCGUCAUGGAGUUCAUGAUGGGAGGGGACUUUCUCCAGUAUCUGUGCCGUCAUGAUAUUCUCAGUGAAGAAGACACCAGGUUCUACAUGGCAGAGAUGGUCCUGGCCAUUGAGGAGACUCACCGACUAGGAUGGAUACACCGCGAUAUCAAGCCAGACAACUUCUUGAUACAUUCCUCUGGCCACUUGAAGAUCUCCGACUUUGGCCUUGCAUUCGACGGUCAUUGGUCUCACGUGAAUGACUACUACGACACAACGCGGCACUCCAUCUUAAACAAGUACAAAAUCCACCUGCAAGGUGACGUUCAGGAUAUUCAAGCUACAGCACGCCGCACCCACGGCAUAUCUCGUAUCACAAGCGGUCAUCUACCUUACGAGAUGAACAGUGCGCGAGAUAUGGCAGAGCUCUUGAGAGAGCCUGAGAGGAUGCGGAAGGAACGUCCUCAGAGUCUUGUAGGCACGAAACAGUACAUGGCUCCAGAGAUCGUUCAAGGUCACAGUUAUGAUGGAAGAUGCGAUUGGUGGAGCUUUGGCUGCAUUGUCUACGAGCGUCACUCCGGUGUUGGUCUUCGCUACCCAGCACCCAGUGAUUCCGCACUGGCCCUCAUGAAAGAUUUGCUGCGAGAAAAAGAUCACCGACUUAGCUCAGCAGCUUACGAUCCCAGAAUCUGCCGCCAUCUGAGAAGGCACCAAGACAACAUUGAGCCAAAGUUUGUCGCUUCUGGUGAUGCGGAGGAUAUCAAAGCACAUCCCUUCUUCAGAAACAUUCGCUGGGGCAUACUACAUCGAUCAAAACCUCCAUUCGUACCCGAAGCGGUUGAAGACAUUGCGAUGUACUUCGAACAUGAAGAUACUUUCGUCAAUGAUGUUGGGACAAGCUACAUGAGUUUGCGAGAGAAGGUCAGACCACAUGCCGAACCGGAUGUCAAUGAGAGACUGUUAGGUCCUUACUUUGAGAGAUGGCAAGCCGAGCAGCGGGAGAUCGAGAAGGUCAAGCAGAUUCUGGGACCAAGACCUCGGCGAUGCAGACCCAAGGACAUCAUGGUGCGCGACUUACGUUACGGUGAGCGAGUUUUGGAGCGAAGGAAGGCGGGAGCAUUUUUGGGAUACACAUAUCGAAGCCCCCGGUACGUGUUCCCAGAGGUUGGCAAGGAGAGAAGGCCAGUCUUUUCACGACCUACGAUCUUACCUGUGACUGACGACGACGAUGAAUGA